AUGUCAAAUCUAAUCGACAGCUAUCUACACCAGUCAACACACAAUCCACAACCGAGUGGCAACUCCUCCUUCUACUCCCCGAUAGAAUCCCCGCAGUUAGACGUCUUGGCGCGACGACUGCUUCUGUUGGCCAACUUUUACCUGCAUGCCCACGAUGAGUCGCAGUUAGACGUCGAGGAAUUAGGUCAACUUCAUCGACUGCUCAGCAGCUACCACAAUGGGAGCGACUACUCGGUGCACGAUAUACUCAGGGAGUUAUCGCCCGACUGCGGUGACUUGGUGCUGCGUGGGAUAAUCUAUGGCGCGCCAGUGAACACAAGUCAGCUAUUUAUCAAGCGAACCACUUCGUCGGGUGUGUGCUGCAUAUUUAACUAUCGUCGACCAAGUGAUUCGCAAUAUCCAUGGAAGCGUGCGCUGGAGGAUGCUGAACUGUAUGCAUUGCCACAUGUUAUGUUCGAGUCGAAUUCCAUUUUAAAUGGCAUACAAUUUGUGCUGCAGGACACAACGAAAGAUGAUUACACAAUGACAUAUUUUAGUAAUACAGCGUUUCGGCUUCAACUAUUUCCCAAGGAUGAUUAUGCGACAAUUCAGUCCAACACAAAUGGCGCAAUUCUUGUCGACCAUGAAACCAUAGUGGAAAUUCCCAUACAACCCAAAUUCUUCGACAGCAGUGCUGCAGUGCGAGGUGUUACACCUGAGACGCGACGCUGCUAUUUUUCCGAGGAGGGCAAGAAGAUAUUGAAUCAAUCCUACUACUCAAUGGACGAGUGCCUGUUGCGUUGUCGAAUCGACAGCAUGUUGCAGCAUUGUGGUUGCGUCUCCUCGCCAUUGGCAGGCAGUGUCAUGAAUAUCACCUACUGCACACUUCUCGAUUUGCCAUGUCUGAUGAAGUGGAAGCGCGUUUGGUUCAGCUACACGGAAUUCCCAUAUGUGCAUCAGGAUAAUGAGGAAAUUGAGACGGGCAUUGAUCAGUGUAACCAUUGUUUGCCCACCUGCAAUGGAGUCGACUUUGAGAUUGUGAGUAAUGUGGCCCCAUUGCGCCGUACCUACAAUUCAUCUGGCUAUUUCCAUGGUUUGCUCAAAGGCUUGACCAACGAUCGACCUUUGUCCAUUAUCAAGUUAUUCUUCAGACUGCGCUUUGCUCAGGCAACUGAAAUGGAUAUGGUUGGCGAUUGGGUAGUUCUGCUCAGUUGAGUCUGUCUUAACUUACAUAUAUUCUUUUCAUUAUCUGAGAUUGGUUAAACAGAUUGGCUGUUUUAAUUUAACUUAUUUAAUUGCACACUUUAAACGUUCUAGCUGUUUGUACUUUUUUAUGUAAAAACUUUACUUUUUGUGUUUUGCAAUUUUACAAACUGCAGGGGCAAAUUUAUUAUCAUUUUUGGGACUUCCCUGUUUUAAUUGUUCAACAAAAGUAGAGAUUAUAAAUUAGUCGCUUUCAUGUCGAGUUUAGACAGUUCUCUUGUAAUUUCCCUAUCAGUAAUAAUGACUAUCUUAAACAAUAUAACAAACAAUUACCAACGUAGAUUUUUUCAAUUUAUUGUUUGGGUCUUCCGUUGAGUAUCGGACAAGUAUUAGAGAAGUUCGCUUAACAACAUAUUUCGCAUUUACCGAUCCCAGUAUUGAGUCAGAAUUAACCGAGUUACAUAAAUUAAAUUGCAUUCACAAUAUCGUUCAUUAUUCAUUCUAUUGCAGAUCGUUUUGGUGGAAUUCUAUCGUUGAUGUAUGGCUUUAGCAUUAUCAGCUAUAUUGAAAUACUUUACUAUCUGACGGGCAAAUGGUUUGUGUACUACUAUCGAGUGUGCAGCAAUAAAAUGAAGUGUUCUAAAACAGAUGCAAACGUUUACACAUUUCACUGGAAUGAGUUGCAGCCACGUGCAGCUGCACGAUCAGUGCGUAAGCCGUGAAUAAUACAACAUAUGUAGAACAAUAGAUUUAUGUGAAUGCUUAGCACAAGACACAGUAUAUAUUGAAAUCGCUUCAAUUGCUUAUAUAAAUUCAACAAAUCGUAUCGAACUUAUAUAAAAUAAACUGCAGUUAUGUAUGUUUGUUUGUUGUGUAUUCUAAUGCCAAAACUUGUCCUUCUCAUCCUCGACCUAAUAAUCAUCGCCACGAGACACGACCUCCUUGCAAGUGGGCCGCAGCAUAAUGGUGUGCUCAUAUUGAGCCGUGUAACAGCCCUUAGUGUCGCACAAUGGUGGAUAGGCCUCGACAAUACCCUUGUCGCAUAGAUCCUUCAAUGCCAUUUGAUAUUUGGUGGCGCCAGCGCGAUCCAGCCAACGUUUGCAGAAGGCUAAGGUGCCGAAGUGUUUGUUGAUCGUGCCCAACAAUUGCUUGGAAGACUGCAGACGCAAUGGCACAAA